GAAGCUGAGUUUGCAGAAAAGAAAGAUGCAGUCGGUCGCUUCGCCGCAAAAAAUCAUGAUGCAAUCGCACUUUAAAUUGAAAUCAAUGUGUCAGGACCUCACACUGACUGACUGACUGACUGACUGACUGGCAGAAGGAUGUAAAGAAAGCGCCGCUUUGCUCAUUCAGUCUCUGUUAACCAACAAACUAAAUGGAAUUUCAGUGACAGUAUUCCGGGGAAGAGCACAGGAGACGCGGUUGGGAUUGAGUGUGUGGAGCAGCGGAUACGCUGAUGUGUUUCAGGAAUGUCUAUCAAGACGACAGCGAGGCUAUGUUCGUUGAAGCGAGGAAACUUUGGCCAUGACCUGUCAGACCGGUUCAGGGACCAUGGCAUGCUGAGGGAUGAAAGGAUGCUGCAGAUGCUGAGCCAGUUCAGACUGGCCGAGCUGGAGACUUGGCUGUGCACACCAACACCAGUCUUACCGCGGAGUCGCCAGGAAAGCAGACCAACAUACGGUUCAGCAUUUCACUAUUACUUAGACAGGUCGACAGAAGGAAAGGUGAUCUCCAGGAAGUCUCGUACCUUACCCUCCGUUCCUAUGGGCUCUGCAUUACCAGGCAUCCUGCAGAAAGCACCAUGUGAGAGCUCUACUGGAAAAAAGAGACGCCGUCUCCCUCCCACACCUGGAGGUCUGCACUGGAAAAAUGCAGAUGCCUGGCAACUGGGUGAGCAGCCCAAAGAUUGGUCUGCGUCGGCAGAUGAGAAGGAUUCAAAGCAGCAGCUGAAGCUGUGGGCACACUCGGGCAGAGCCACACUGAGGAAAAGCAUCUCUGCUGACGAGUCCUUGUUUCAGCGGCAACCAGAGAGACAGAAAACCGCCAGCAGGACAGGAAAAGGCAAGAUCCAGUUUAGGUGCAAGCAUAGUGUGGGAACUACAGACAGAAGAGAUUUUCAUCACAAGACGAGUCUGAGACUCAAGAUGACACAGCAAAUGCAGAACCUGCAAUUGAUACACACAAAGAAAACCAGCAUCCCCUCGUCACCAAAUGCAGCAAAGCGCCUCUAUCGCAACCUUUCAGAUAAAUUAAAGGGUAGUCACUCCUCCGCAGAUGAAGCAUUCUUGACUGGGAAGAUGGACAAUGAUCGGCUGAGAAAGUCGUGCAUGAAUAUCCCAUGCAACAAAGCUAUAUUGGAGGCAGUGGAGCAGCAAGACCUGGAUGCGGUGCAGGCAAUGCUCAGACAACACAGCGCUCAAGAUCUAGAUCUGAAUACACCCAACAGCGAGGGGCUGGUGCCUCUGGAUAUUGCCAUCAUGACCAAUAAUGUGCCGGUGGCUAGGAUACUCCUGAAGGCAGGAGCAAAAGAGAGCCCCCACUUUGUCAGCCUGGAGAGCCGAGCCCUGCACCUCGACAGGUUAGUGGAGGAGGCCCAGGAGCGAGGGGACGAGCUGUCUACUCAGCUGCACAAUGAGGUCCUGAGUCUGGAGCGGCCAGAGACUGAAAAGCUCCUGAAAGCGUGGGAAUGGAGGCACAAACUGUACCAGCGCAUGAGAGCAGGAUUCCAACAUGCAAAGCCUCCUGACACACCAACCAAUGUCCAGCUCUCUGUGACCAGCAGCACCUCACUCACUGUUACCUUCGAGGAGCCUCUAUGUGUUAACUCUGCUAUAGUCACAAGAUACAAAGUGGAGUGGAGCUGCCACAAGGAUUUCACACCUCUGUGUGGAGUCAUCAUCAUGCACAACCUGAGCACUCUGAACUGCCCAAUCACAGGGCUGCUGACAGGCAAGGAGUAUUAUAUCCGCGUGUCAGCGGCCAAUAUGAAAGGCUGGGGAGCACCGCAGGCUUCCACUCCACCAUUCGCUGCUCCCUCAAAUUGGAAGGAGAUGGCCAGGAAGGAGGUGAGGCAGGAAGAACACAUAGAAGCUCUGGAGCAGUUAUUGGAUCUGGUCCGAACCGCACACCAGAAUUACAGCACCAAAGAAAACGCAAAGGUGCAGAAUUGCAGCCGCAAACAAUCUGUCUCCAGGAGCCUGAAACAUCUCUUUCAUUCAUCCAACAAAUUUGUCAAAACGUUGCGAAGAGGCAUUUACAUGGCAGCCGCCUUUUAUUACAAGGACAGCAUCUUAGUGAGCAGUGAGGAGCAGCUGCCAAUUGUGGAGAUUGAUAGCUCCUACUCCAGCACCCUCAUGCAGGAUUUUCUCUGGUUUGCCAAGCUGUCCUGCUCUUGGGAGGAUGUUCAGUUGUUGCGUCAGACACUGUCCAUCUCAAUGUCCUCCUCGUCAGCACUGCAGGUCAGACACAAGAUGCUGGUAGCAGCUGCUCAAUUACAGACAUUGCUCUGCACCCAGAACCUGGGCCGGCUUCACUAUGAGCCCAUCAAGGACCGACAUGGUAAUGUUCUGCUGGUCACAGUCCGGGAAUUUGGAAGUUGCUGUCCCUUCCUCAAUGCAAAGUGGAUCCAUAUCUCCAAAUUACAGAACCAAAGGAAAUCGCUCUCCACUCCUGAGGAGCCCACUGCUCUUGAUGUAUUGCUCAUUACUAUCCAGGACGUGCUGUCUUACCAGCAAGGCAGCCUGCAGCGACUCAGCCCUGGUCUGUACUUGGGCUAUUUAAAACUUUCCAGCUCUGUGGAUCAGAUUAAAGUCCUCGUUCCUCAGAAAUUUCCAAAUGUUCUGUGCCACACAAAGGUGCGAGAGAAUGACAAUGUUUCCAGGGAGGAGUGGGAAUGGCUCCAGAGACUGUCAGAGUGCAAGGAUGUGAAUGCCACGGAUCGUGUUCCUGAUGCUCCGACACCGCUGGGAUUGCAGCUGCAGAUGGCAGUGCGCGCACUGCUGAAGCUCAUCAAUGUGCCUCCUCGCCAGGCGGGACACAUGCGCCUCUUCACUCGGGAUGUGCUGGAGUUGGGCCACGACGUCUCCUUUCUGCUGCUGAUGCCGUCCGCAGAUGAUGUUUGUAACCCUCCGGGACAGUCCCCGCCCCGCGGCCGCUCCGACACUCUCCACCUCCCACUACAGAUGUUUGAACUCGGUAACGAGACCUCUCCUUCAGCGCCUGUCAGCGCGGCUCCGGGAGCAGUAAUGUGUAGCGGCCGUGUGUGUCACUGA